AGAUGCACUUGCAUCUGGACACGCAUCUUCUUUGCCUGGAUCCUGGUUCAAGUUUACAACGCGUAAUAUACCGAGCAGAUUUUCAUCCGGCAAGAGUGCGUACCGAGUAUUACGAUACGUGGAGAUUCUGCUACGCAUAGCGCCAUGAUAGCUGUUACUAUCCUGCUCGUCCUGAUCGGCUGCUGCGCCGGCACCCCGCUGACAGCAGUUUGGCUGAGUCCAAUCGCGCCUGUGGGAUCCUUGGGACAAUAUGAGACUCGCGACGGUUUGGGCAGCUAUCACUACGCUUACGCGGGGCCUCAUCAUUCCAAGGUGGAAACUCGUCUAGGCGGAACGACUCAGGGAGGCUACUCCUACAUAGACGCGAACGGUAUCCUGCAGACUGUCGCCUACACAGCGGAUGCUCAGAACGGGUUCCGAGUGCAGGCCAGCAACCUUCCGCAACAGGCGAAAGAGGAACUGAGGCCAGUGGAGGACACGCCGGAAGUGGCAGCGGCGAAACAGUCGCAUCUCGAGGAGUUGCGGAGGGCCGAUCAGCAGAGCGGAAGCGUCGCUCCCCCGGCAUUCCUGGACUAUCUGAACCCGGCGGCGCAAGAUCCGGACAACAAGUUAGACGCGGAGAGACCGGAUCUGAACGAAAACGGUUUCGUACUUUCGAAAACGCAGGCGGAGCAAAUUUCCAAAGGCAUUCCAGCGCUCGGUGAAAAACCGGAAGUCGUCCCGUCGAACCAACCGCUUCUGCAGGACGCUCAUCGCGUCCAAGGGUUCGCCGCGUUACCCGGCGUUCCGCACUACGUCUUUCCGGUCGUUCCCUACAGGCUGAUGCACAGUUCGCUACGUCACAUCCAGGACUCGCUCGGUCAGUACGAUUACACCUAUGCCGGCGAUACCAGCGCCAAAACCGAGUCCAGAUCCUUGGACGGAACAACCCGAGGCGCCUACAGCUACAUCGAUGCGAACGGACUUCUUCAGCAGGUCCACUACAUCGCGGAUCACAACGGGUUCAGAGUCGCCGCCACAAAUUUGCCCGAGGCUAAAUGAUUCGCGGUUGGAUUCGGCCUUGCUCGCAGGGUAAUACGUUACAUCGUUAAAAUAAUACCCUUUCGCGUCCGAUCACUUUUUAUCAUUUGAACUCUGGACCGCAGUGGGGUCCUGUUUGAAAACCAUUUUUUAUCGUGCCAUUGAAUAUUUCUGAUUCCCGAACGGUGCCUCGUGUCUUGUAUGCAACGUUGACGUCAGAGAUGCUGCGAGCAAUUGUAGCCGACAUUAAAAUUUGUAGGGAUAUUUGAAGAAUUUUAAACCUGAUUAGCAAAAAACGCGGUACAUAUCACGAACGCAUAUUUAUAUUGCUGCGGAAAUUCAACAACGAUUGAUACGUCGAAUUGUAAGAAUCUUCAGUCCUUGGGUGCGACCGCCCUGCAAGCUACGUCAUCACGUAAACGUGGGAACCUUAGACCAGUGACCUUUAGCCGUUUUCUUUCGAAUUUUUUUAAUAAAAGACUGAUCCGGCUAGUGGAAAUUAGCGACUUGCUGGAAACGGGUUUGAAUUAUUGAACGUUGCUUUUACGGCGAAUUCGCCGUAAAGUAGCCGCGUUGAGUGGGUGCCUUCUGUACGCGUUACACAUGUUGGUAAUAAGUAUAUAAAAAUUAUUCGACUAUUUUCGACGGGGGAAAUAAUGCAUAGGUAAUGCAGCCGGUCGUUAAGCCUGCGAAUGAUUCAUCCCUCGUUUAUCCCCACAAAGCUCGUCUCUUGCUUUUUCCCACAAUUAUAAAAUCGCUCCAAUGAUCGUCACCUCCUUUUCCUUCACUCUAAUUCGGAUAUUAAUCUGAAAGCUCU